UGAAACAGGUUCAAAUUCAGCUUUAAAACCAGAACGAUUAUCACGAAAAUAUGCAUGCGGAGACCAGAGCCCCAAUUGAAUGACUUGCGUGUGUUUGUGGAGUUAAACAAAGCAGGAAGUAGAGUGCAGGGUCUGCUCUCCCUUCUCCUCAGCACUGUUCUCCUCUCUUUCAACAUGGUGUUGAAAGGAAUCCCCUCCGUGCUCUCACCUGAGCUGCUCUACACUCUGGCUCUAAUGGGCCACGGGGACGAACUGGUUCUGGCUGAUGCUAAUUUCCCUGCAUCCUCCACCUGUGCCUGUGGCCCCAAAGAGAUAAGAGCUGACGGUUUGGGAAUCCCACAGCUUUUGAAGGCCAUUUUGAAGCUCUUGCCCCUGGACACCUACGUCCCCUAUUCGGCUGCAGUCAUGGAUCUGGUGGACAGUGACAAACGGAACGGUUUACUUGUGCCUGUGUGGGACACCUACAAAGAGCUCCUGAAUGAGGCUGGGUCCCAGACUUCUCUUGAGAAGGUGGAGAGGUUUGCUUUCUAUGAACGAGCCAAGAAAGCCUACGCUGUUGUGGCGACAGGGGAAACCGCACUCUAUGGAAACGUGAUACUGAAGAAGGGGAUCAUUCCUGCUGAGCUGCUGCAGUGAUGCACAUAUUUUGAAGUGGCAUGCUUGAAUGCCACCGUGCUCUCCCACACACAGCCAGAGACAAGGGUGUUGCUUUUCAGCAUUUUAAUUCCCACCACAUACACGUGAAUAAACAUAAAUUAACUAACUUUAAGGGUCUAGCUUUGCAGCUCAGUCCUUUCUGGUUCCUCUCCUGUGUCUCUUUUCCCGUGUGUGUCUCUGUGAGCUUUAAAAAAAGACACUCUUAGCAAAUUGUUGUAUUAAUUAUUAUAAUUGUAAGUAAGUGAGGUUACAAUCAGAUUUCAGCUGGGGCAUGUGCCCCCUGAACCCACCCCUGGUUCAGCCACAACGAGGGGAAAUCAGGAGAGAGAUUUUUUGUUUUUUUUUGUUCCAUUUCCAGAGGCUGUGGAUUAAAAAAAAAUAUUUAUUCUUCUUAAUUUGUCAUUAAUACACUGAAUAUGAUCUGAGUUGAUCCAAAAUGAUUUUGUAUUUUAAACUAAUAACUUUCAUGUUGUGUGCGCUUUUCAAUAAACGAAACACUGAAAAUCUUA